GUUUGGGGUCCCAUCAUUUGCAAAUUUUUAGAGGCCACAGAGGAUUAUUAUCCUAACCCAAGUGGAAAUGUGGGCUUCACUAUUUCAUUGGUAGCAACUUUUUACUCAAAAGAGAAAGACAAAGAAAGAGAGGUUCCUAACAAAAACAGGUAAGUACCCAGAGAAGUAAGAAAACAUUUUCUCUCUGGGAUUAUGCUUGGAAUAUGUAACAGAAAUGUCAGAGAUAAAGAAGAAAACCACUAGAGUUUCUCUGACCAUCAGUUCCCCUGUUAAUGAAACCUCCAAUAUCAGAUCAAGUUAUUCUACCUUAGUUCAACCACUGUGUAUUGACUCCCAGAGGAUGCAGAGUCCCUGCAGCAGCCUGUCGGGAUCCACUUGUGUAGUAGCCCCUGUGUUUACCAAGCAUCUUCAAGACAUCUCUACAACCAGAGGUCAGUGUGUCGUGUUUGAAUGCCGAGUCCAGGCCACAGCCACAGUUCAAGUUCACUGGUACAGAGAGAAAGAGCAGAUAGCAGACUCAGAUGACUUCCGAAUUCUGAGAAAAAAAGCUUGUUUAUCAUCCAUUCCUGAGGAAGUGUGCACCUUAAUUAUCGCAGAAGCAUUUCCUGAAGAUUCUGGGGAAUUCAAGUGCAUUGCAGAAAAUGAGGCUGGGACUGCAGUCUCCACAGCAAGACUCUUUGUUUCUCCAGAAGGAAAAGAAGUGGAGAAAUCAGAGAGUUCUCCAAAGUCACCCAUGAGGAAAUUUUCUCCAAAACUGGCCUCCUUUCCCUGGAGCAGUGACAGCUACAAAAAGGGCAAAAAUCCAGACAAUACUCCAAUAAACCUUAUGCCAACUAUUCCUGAAACAGCCAGUCACAAUGAACAUGAGAUCCAGGUUCCAAAGGAGGAUUUCUGUACCAUCAAUGAAAAUUCCUCUGAGCUACAACCACAAUGGUAAGGGCAGACAGACCUAACAUUCACUCAUUCAACAAAUGUUCUUGGCUCUAUAUAUAGAACAGUGAACAUGACAAAGCUCCUACCCUCAGUGAACUUGCAUUCUGAGAUGACUCACUUUACCUGUGUCAUUUCUCCCUUGCCCUCCAUCAUGCAUUU